GUUUGAAAGAUAAGGUAAUGUAUAUCCCCAUAUUGCUAAAUAUAAGUCCUUACAAUUCUAGAUGAUAAGCAUUUUACCGGGGCUAGUUCCUUCAGCAAAAUGAACUCUUUGGUGAUUUUAGUCACUUUGACAAUCGCUUCGCUGAGCCACGAAUCGACUUCGUUGGAAGUUGGCAACCAAAAUGUUUCUGCCAUCGAGCAAAUCUUACUGGAAUCUUUCAAGAAAAGACUUCUUAAAGAGCUGGGGUUUUCCACUGUUCCGAAUGUCAGCAACACUACACUCCGAAAGGCUCCACACAUUCUCAGGUACAUGGUCGAGGCCGACAACAGAAAAUACAGCUUGAAGAAACAAGAGGACUACGCAAAAAUUAAACGAAUUUUCUUAUUUCCCGUUCAAGGUGGGCUUAGUUAUUAGUUAGUUAAGGGCUAGGUUACGUUUGCAGUAAAUAGCCACUGUGCAUUUUCGUCGAUACAAAAGAAAAAAAUAUCGUGCAAUAAUUGGAAAAUCAUCAAGCAAAAACCAAGGUUCAAUUCUAAGCGAGCCACGAAUUUAUUACUGGGUAUUAGUAAGUCUUCUUUUGUGGUGGUUCUUGAUUUGAAACAACAUUGUGAUUUCGGUUGUCCGCAGGAGACUGAUUUCCACACAUGGUAACAGCCGAACUCACGUAGCUUAAAAAUGGGGGCAAGGAGCGGCGACCGCAUAGGUUAGGAAUUUUUUAAGAAAACCAAGACAAUAGCGAAACACGGACAGGACACGCAGGAGUUUUUGCACCUUACUGGUCUAUCUUGCUAAAAAAUAGGGGUGUGCAGCAGAGUUCUUUCCUUUUGUACAAAAGGUUUAAUCUGAUACUUAAAGAAAUAUAUUUUUUUCAUGCCAGAAGUUUAGCUGAGUUUUCCAUUGUUCUUUUCAUAGUGGAACAAACACUGACAUGACCUCCGUCAAUGGUUAAGUGUCUAAAAAGCUGGAUUCGGCAACAACUGAUAAAUACGCAAAGAAUUAUCAAGAAGGACUUUGGCUCCUGAGAUUAUAUUUUGCCCUGUAGUGCAAAACAAUAAGGGUUAAAACAUUUUUUUUUGUUGAACAAAAAAAAUUCAUAACACUGAUUAGCGAGUAGAAGUAAAUAAUUAGACUGUGCAAAAAGAAGCAAAAUUAAUUACAAAAUAAGAAUUUUUAAAUGUAUUUCGUUUCCUCUUUUGGUCAUCCAUCUUUCCUAGUGUCGAUAUCGCGUCUGCCCAUACCGCGCUUCGAAUCCAGGGUAGCUGGUGGCAUAAUUUUCCCAAAGUAUAUAACAUAUACGAGAUCACAUUCAUCUUUCAUGAAAACAUGAAUGCUGUCAUAAUUGGUAUUUUUCAAUAUUUAUAACCACUUUAAAUUCUUUGUGUUUCAAUCAAAAUUUAAAGGUGGUGGCAAACGACUGUUUCAUCACGCACCAUAUAUUUAUUGUAUGCUAUGCUUUUAUGCGUUUGAAUGAAUUUUUAUUUUCAAGGUAGUAAACGAGACAUUCUUACACAGACGGUUACUACAGUUGUUGACAAAAUAAUUUUCUCAUUUGUCUCCAAGGAGAUAAAGUUGGGAAAAACUACUUAUUCAAGGUGAAUUCCGGCCACAUGAGCCUUGAUGUCAAAUCUGCAACCUUGUGGGUUUCUAUCACUGGGGCAGCUGGAGAAUACGAAUUGGUCCUUUACAGAGGCUACAAAGCAAACGGAAAAGAUGCCCUAGCAAAAGAACUUUUCCACUCGGAACAGCUCAACAGGACUGGUUGGUACUCGAUGAACGUUACUCUUUUGGUCAAAGAGUGGUUCUCACUGUAUCCUGCGUUUAACUUAAGCUUGGAAAUAGUGACGAAGAAAUCGAAAGCUGUUGGUGGUGGUAUAAGUGGCUCCGCCCCGGAGGCAAAACAACCAUUUCUGGUGGUGAACACUGGAGAGAAGAAAUAUGCCAGCAGAAGGCAAAGAUCAUCAUCAUCAUCAGGUGAAUACCUCACAGAGUGCAAAGACAACGAGCCAAGAAAUUGUUGUCGCGGGCAUAAGCUGACUGUCGACUUUCAAGCCCUUGGCUUUGAUUUCAUCAUCCAGCCCAGAGUGCUAAACACCUAUGUGUGCGAAGGAGUGUGUGCUCAAUCGACCACCGCCAAGAAUCCGACGAGGGCUCAAGUUUUCAUAAACUUAAAUAUGUUUCAGCCUCACGCCUGUUGUCGUCCGAUUGAAUUUACUACCAAAAAAAUUGUUUUCUUUAAGGAUGAUGACCCUAACAAAGCUUACGUAAGAUAUCUCCACGGCUGGGUGGCAAAGUGCGGCUGCGUAAUAUAAUCUGACACGCAUGAUCAUGAUCCCUCAAUUCAGAAACUCUAAGAAGAAUGGACACAAGCUUUGGGUGCAGUGAUUUGUAGUUAGGGGUUUCUUGUUUCGUGGCUAAUGGGUUUUAUGCAUGGUUCAAUUUGACCUGUUACCACCCCCCUGGGCAACCCCUUGGAAAAGUCCAGCCCCUCGGGGCUGGGGGGUAGGGAAUUGUUUGAAGUGGUCCUCUGCCGGGGUUAGGGGGUACCCCCGGCACGCAGAAGGGGACAAUUCCCCACCCCCGAGUUCCUGAUCGACCUCAUAUACGGUACAUCUUUUGAGAACAAUAUUGAUUUCUGUGCAAAAGCAAAACGAGACGUAUGCAGACGUUUAUAAAUGCAUUCUAAAGUUUAUUUAGAGAAGGAUAGUACACGUAAAAUAUGGUUGAAACAUGAACAAUACAUUUGGAAACGAAAACGAAGAAAAACCUUUUUGAGCGCCUCCUUGGUAGAGCACUUUAUAAGAACACUGGAUUGAAUCUCUGUUUAUCUAUAUAUAUUAAAAGCCUUGUAUCUGUUUUCGUAUGAAGUCUAUUUAAGUCGACUUAUAAGUAAACGAGACAGAAGAAAUAUUUCUUUUUUUCUGUUGCCAAAAAAAAAAGUCGAUUCGAGUACGAAUCAUACACAUAUUCGCUAAAAGCAUACCUUUAAAUACAGACUUUAAUUUCGAUAGGUUAUUUCUCUCCAUCCAUUCUCUGGCAAAUUCCCUUGAAAAUAAGUAGUCUUGAGUUAAUUCCGCAGCUUCGUGCAAACUGGGUGAGAAAUAACACGACUUCGCAAAGUCAAAGAGAAGUUAAUUUUGAUUUUCCCCAGGGAAUAGACCACCAGGAGAGAAAAAAAAAGCAAAUUCCCGGGGGUAUGCCCGGGGGAGCACGCAUGUAACAGGUCAAAUUGAACCAUACAUUACACAAACUUUCUCGAUUGCAAUGUUUGUAAGACUUUACCUCUACCGUUUUAAAACAGUGAUGAUGAACUUAGUAGUAAUCACUGUUGUGAGUUAUUAAGAGGUGUAACACUUUUAGUUUAUUGAUGGAAAAGAAGUCAAGGGCUCUUGCUAAAGCCUAACCUUCAAAGCCACUACCACAUUAUUUUAUAGCCUGUUUUAAGACAAAACACCGAGAAAUAAUUUUUCUAGACCCCCUGGAGACAAUAUGCUCUGAAGACAAAAUUGGUCCAUGGUGUUGCAAUGUCCGAGAUUUCGCCUUUCCUCUUAAUCCUUUGUAGAAUUUUCGAUGUGUUCAUAUGAGAGGGUGGGCUGGCUCGGUUCCCGAGAUCUCGGUUUUUCCAACCGUCUUACAUUGCUUGCUGUAUUUUCCACAUCAUAAGAAUCCCAUCGAUACAGCUUUAGGGUUAAAAAAAGCUAUGGUAGACGUAAAAGUUAUAGUUUUCGUGUUUCGUCAUAUUUGCUUUGUUUCUUGAAUUUCUCGCCAAAACUCGUCCCUAGGAUCUUUGGCCCUUUUUCAUCUCGGAAACCAGGCUGAAAUUUCUCAUAUGAACCCAAGGCGAAAUUGGUCCGAGUAACCGGGCUCGUGUUAAGAGGCCCUUAGAACUGUUAAGCAGGCGAAUAAGUUAUUUCACUUUAAUUGUCGUGUACGCGAGCAACACUAUAUCUGACAGAGGUUCUCGACAAGCUUCGACUCGAACGGCAAUGUUGUAAUUAGGAUAUUGCUGUUUUAGGUCAGUUCUGUGCUCAAGUUAUUACUUAGACUACUUAGUGCCUUUACCAUAAACGAAAAGCUCCUGUAGAGUUAUGAAAAAGAUAUGAAACCAAUGUCAUUAGAAAGCACCAUUGGAGUGAUUGAUUUUUUUUUCAGGUAUAUCAUUAAAACGUGAAAAAUUUGGCCCAGCUUCCUCAAGUUUCAAUCCAUUUCCAUCCAGUUUGAGUGCCCUAACUACAGUGUUAAACAAGAAAACGCCAAAAGGCGCUUCUGCGGGAUGUUUUGGACAGUUGGGUACAUUGGUUGGGAUUUGCAGACACUGAUGCAAAGGAAUUGCAAUGUUGUCCUAAAUGAGUCGAAGAAGUUCUCGAACUAAUAUCAUAUCUGUCUGAAUAUCUAAGUUAGUUAACUACAGGCACACCUCAAAUAAUUUUUGAAAAACCAAAAAAAGUCAUAACAGUAGAUAAAGUUUAAAGAGUUCUUUAAAAUGGAAAAUGUAAGUUCGCUAAAAAGAAAACUAAGUACUG